UGGUAAGAAUGAAUAUUUGAAUUGCAUAAAAACAAAAGAAAAAAAUUUAUGUAAUUUUGAACUUAAUGUCUUUUUUAGGUAUUUUACAUGUCUAUUUCUCUUUAUGGAGCAGUUUUGGCAUUGAGCGCUGUUACGGACUUGUCUUUUGAAAUGUCAGUUGUGUCCUUGGGAACUGUUUGUGCUCUCUAUUGUUCCUUGGGAGGACUUAAAGCUGUUUUGUGGACCGAUGUUUUUCAAGCUAUUUUAAUGAUAACUUGUCUAUUAGCUAUAUACAUAGCAGGCAUCUCUGAUGCAGGUGGUAUUUCCGAUCACUUUCAAAAGGCUUCGACUGGCAAAAGACUAGACUUUUUCGAAUUCAUGCCAGAUAUAACCCGUCGGUAUGGAUUUUGGGCCUGCGCUUCUCAUGGAAUUAUGAUGGGAAUGGCCUUCUUUGGAACAAAUCAAGUUGAAGUGCAAAGAUUACUGAGUCUCAGUAACAUAAAACGAGCAAAAUCAACGCUUCGAAUGAGUAGUUUACCAGUGUGUUUCAUGUACUCUGCAUGCUGUUACAUGGGAGUGGUGUUAUAUGGUGUUUACUACAACUGUGACCCAAUCUUAAACAAAGAGAGAACAGGAUUAAGAAAAUAUGAUCAAGUUGUCCCGGCUUACAUUGUUACAAGAUUUAGCUCUUAUCCAGGACUGACAGGUCUGUGCAUAGCUGGUAUCUUCAGUGCUUCCAUGAGUACUAUUUCCUCGUGUCUGAACUCUGCCUCAACCGUUACAGUCAUAGAUUAUUUAAUACCAAUCUUCAGAAAGGGCAACAUUUCUGAUUUGAAAAUCAUCCUACUCGCAAAAAUUGUGUCUGCUAUCUAUGGCGGUGUUUGCAUAGGUCUGAGCUUUGCCUUUCGACACGCAGACAGUAUUCACCAUUUGAAUCAAGUAUUUGUUGCUUUACCUCAGGGUAUUAUUUGUGCUGUUUUUCUGUUUGGAAUGCUGACAAGAAAAGCUGGUGAUAAAUGUAUAUCUUUUGCUGUAGUAGUGACUUAUGUAAUAAUGGCCUGGAUUGCGCUAAGCUCUCUUUAUGCAAGAUAUGUUCAACCUGUAUUACCUCUGAGCAAUAGUAUGUGUCUUUCAUCGCAAAAUCAAACAAUGUCUGACAGAAGUUUUAAUAUAUCCUCAACAACAUUACCAUCACCAAUUACGGAAAAGUAA